GUCAGGUCGUCAGGCUCGUCAUGAUUGGCCACAAUCUCCACAUGUCGCGCCAAAUUUGUGGCUCGCACUCAUGCUCGCACAUGGCAUUCUGAAGUACAGGUUCGGUUUGAUAUUUCAAAAUGGACUAUUCAGCAACAUCCUUAAUUGAAGCGGAUAUUCAGGGUGCCUGCAGCAGCCUAGGAAGCUGGACAUCAAAAGGCUACACUAAGGAUCCAGACUGUAUUGAAAGUCUGAAAGAUAUCCUCAGAUACCUAAAGCGUGACAGCGGGUCUCAUGAAGUUCGCAGGCUACUUGGGCGAAUACAAGUUCUCAACACCGAUUUGCUACCCUUGCUCAAGUUUUAUCAUGACGAUUCAUUGCUUUUUGAACUCUUGCUACGGCUUCUGGUCAAUUUGACAAACCCAGCGAUCUUGCUCUACAAGGAAGAGCUCCCUCAGGAGAAAUCCGCUAGAAAUGAUUACAUGGAAAUAGUGGCACACUUGCAGUCAUACAAGAAAGCAUUCACAGACUCCAAAGUGUGGGAGGCCAUCGUAAAAAAACUUGAGUCUCUACUGUACAUGAGCCCUCAAGAACGAGGAGAUGAAGAGAACGACACCAUAGAAAGAAUGCUUGUCAUGGUGCGCAAUGUGGUACAUGUCCCUGCAAACCCAACUGAGGAGAAAAGGACAGACGAUGACGUCAGCGUGCACGAUCAAGUGCUCUGGGCAAUGCAUUUAGCAAAAAUGGAGGACCUUCUCUUGUACAUCUGCACCAGUGAUGUGGAUCAAGACUACUGCUUUCAUGCCCUAGAAAUCCUUUCUCUCAUGCUCCGUGAACAGUCACCUCAAGUACUAGCUAGUGCAGGACAAGGUCGAAGCAACACGGAGAAAAUGGAGGACGAGCUUGAGCUCCUGAAGAUGAGGGAAAUGGAGUUGAGCCAGAAAAAGAAGCAAAUGCAAGCACGUAUGGGCAGGCAUCCUCGGUUUGGUGGAACUUUUACUGUGCAAAAUAUGCAGGCCAUUGGAGACAACAAGCUGAUUGCUCACAGUCCUCUGAACAAGCUCUGUGAAAUUGACUUUGAUCAAACCAAGUCUUUCCAUGCUAAACCAAAGAAUAAGCGACCUACAGAAGAUGGAAAAAUAAUGCGAAGGUCGACACUAAACAUCAGGCUUUUCUUGAAGAGCCUUUGUGAGGACUUCCUAAAGCUUGCUUAUAAUCCAAUGAUGAAGACAGUAAAGAGGCACUUGCAGCGUAACAAAGCACAGUCCAACGAUGAAAGCUACUAUUUCUGGUCAGUACAGUUUUUUAUGGAGUUCUGCCGGCAAAGCCAUUCGGAUAUUUCUCUUGUGAGUGAGACACUCUCCAAAGAGACUUUCCAUUACAUUCAAACACAAAUGGAGCAGUACUAUGAAAUGAUGGUCACAGAGAAGCGAAAGAUUAGGCUCUGGGCCAAACGGCUUCACGUAGCACUGAAAGCCUACAGGGAGCUUGUAAAGAGCCUUGCAGCUAUGGACAGCAGCCAAGACGAACGAGUUAAGGAAGCUUCGAGAGUUUUGAAAGGUACCAUUUUUUAUAUGCCUGAGUACAGGGAAGUUGUGCUCUACCUGCUGCUGAACUUCAAUGACUGUGUCCAGCCUAUAUCGUAUUUGCGAGACCUUGCUGAAACGGUUCAUGUCUACCUGAAAAUGCUGGAGCAGUUUGCGAAGCAGACCCGUCACGUAAUUGUGCAAGAAAAAAAGAAAUCGAAAAAGAAGGCAAAGCCAAAAAAAUCUCAACGUCCUGCCAUCCAAAGAGAAGAAGACGAGCAACUGCUCUGGCUUGAGGUUGCCCCUGACCUUUCAAAGACCAUACAAAGAAAAGAAGAGCUUCCUAGUGAUAUUGUUGUCUUUGACCCCACACUGGGCACCUCCGAGGAGGAACACAUGCUCGAUGCAACUCGUCGAAUUGAAAGAGCUUUAAAGUCCAAGAAGCCAGCAGAAGCCCUCGCUAUACUAAGGAGUGCAAGACAACUGUGGCCUGAGAAGCAAGCAUUUGGCUCUGAUGAUAUAUCACCCGAUGAUGAAUUCAUGAUGCUACGAGAGAUGUUCUUUGCAAAAUUGGAUACAUCGGAGGAACGGGAUAAGGACCAGAACAAUGAGGAGGAGGACGAAGAGGAGGACGAGAGUGAAGGAGAAGGGGAAACAGCUGCGGAAAAAGAAUUCAGCUUCUUAGCUUUCAUCAAAAGGUUUGCUAACCCGAAGGUGAUUAUCGCAUACAGCAAGCUGCUUAGCAACUUCCGUGAGAAUUCGCCAACUGUGAAUCACUGUACGGCGCGUAUGUUUCAUCGCCUGGCCUGGGACCUGAAGCUUGAGCCAAUGAUGUUCCAGGCCUCUGUCUUUCGAGUAUUCCAGGAGGUCAUGGCAGAUUACUCUCGCCUGUCCAAAAGUUCAGCUGAUACCGGACUCAAGGACUUGAAUCGCUUGGCCACGUACGUGGUUCGAUGUUUUGUCGAACACGCGUCAAAGAACAACCUCGCCAUGAUGGAGCUUCUUUUCUGGAAGAACUCAAAGGAUGCAUAUGAACUGCAGUUUGGAUACGGUUCGAGUGCAACGAAAAAAACAUCUAAAGUGUCCUGGACAGAAGAGGAAGAAUUAGAGCUUAAGGCCCUUUACGACCGUUUCAAUGAACAGGCGACUCCUGAAAAGGACGUCGUGGAUUACAUUAUGGAGAACAUUAUAGACCAGAAGAAAACGAGGCGCGCCAUCAUUUUGCAUCUCAAGAAUCUGGGACUGGUUGACAAAAACAAGGCAUUCAAGAAGAAAGUCAGUGUGCAGAGGCAGUGGAAAGAAGAUGAGGUGAACGAACUACAGGAACUCUUCGAGAAAUAUAAGGAGUCUACAGACAUAAUGGGGAUGAUCACGGAGCACAUGUCGGUCAAGAGGCCCAGGCACCGUAUUGUGGACAAACUUCUUGAGCUCGGCCUUGUUAGCGACAAAAAAGAGCUGAGGAAGAAGAGGUCCCGCAAGAACGACUUUGAUAAUUGGCGAGGUCAUGGUGGUUCCGUAUCUGAAAUCGACACAUCGAGCAGUGAUGAUGACGAUCAGGACAGGGUGCAUGCUGUAGGAACAGAAGAAGGUGCGCCGCGAGUUCGAAGCUCAGGCAGUGGAGAGAAGUUCCGAACAACGCCCAGAGUGGAGGUGGCAACAACAUCGGAAGAGCUCAAGGAAAUCCUCACCAGAUUGGUCGCGGCUGGUAAUGCUUCCUGGCUGGAAUGGCUGGUCCAGUCUCUUGAAGACGCUGUCGAAGACUGGGAUGAUGGUGAUGGGCCUACAUCCGUGCCACUCGUGCCUUUCCUGGAGCAUCACCACUUUGCAUUGCAAGAUUCAGAUUUCUGCAGCUUGCUCAAGACUAUCGGGAUCGAUCCGCCUGCCAAUGAGCAGGAAGCUUACUGGCGCAUACCGGCGUCUAUGACAACAACGAUGAUUAACUCCAGGAUUCAAGUACUCAGGAAAGCCCAAGAAGGAGAUUACAGCACGCCUAUUGUAGUUAUGUCUGCUCCUACUGACGACGCCCUGGACAAGGAGCUCCAUGCUACUACUUCUCACGAAGUCCAAAGAAACACGAAGAAAAAGGUGGAGCAUUUAGAGGCCCUGAGGCAGGCUCUGAGCAAGAAACAGACUGGAGAAAGUUCACCGAACAGUAGUGGACGCGGGAGCAGACGUCGCCGCCAGCGGGUACCGGAACCAGACGACGAAGACGGAGCGCAAACUUCCGAUGAAGAAGUGGACGUGGCGUCACUCGAUGCGGACGAUACGGCAUCGCAAUCUCAACGGUCGCCGUCCGGAAAGAAGCGCAAACGACCCAUUCUUUUUGACGAAAAUGACGACGAAGAAACACCUGCUGCCCAAAAGUCCCCGGAUGACAGCGAAGACGAUGUGCUCCUGUCGUCUGCUUCAGCUGGCAACAAACGUCUGGAGCAGAAUGAAAGGAAAACGGACGCCAUCGCCAGUGGAAAGCCGUCCAAGAAGCGCCUUGUCGUUUUUGACGACAGCGAUGAUGAUGAAGCUCUUUGCAGCAUCUCCAAUAGCGUUCAACGCAACGACGGUAAGGGACCAAUUUGGAUUGAUAGCGACACGACGGCGUCUCUGGACCCGGCGGCAGCUGCGGGUGAGAGGACUACGAAGCGUUCCUUGGUGAUCGAGGACAGCGAUGAAGAGUCAGAGGUGGUAAAGAUUUCCAAUGGCACGAGCCAAAAUCAAGAGGAAGCCGUAGAUAUGAAACCCAAGCGGCACAAGGCUACUGUGAUCAGUAGCGAUGAGGAAGAAUAGGAAACUUGUGCUGCCCCCAUAGUGCCUUCUUUCAGUGCGGAUACAUAUUGUACGCACGUUGUGUUUUGUGUGGCUAGAAGCGACCAUCGCAUAUGGGCUGGUAAUGGACAAUUCAUCCUAUCAGCUGUUUGUAAUACGCAGUUUAAUUGUUUUCUGUUCUUCUUGCACUUCGUUCUUGUAGUAUAUGCUUUUUUUACAGAACACGAAAUAAAAUAUGAGAAGGGA